GUUGUCAUUUCUCAAGGACCGACCUUCCCACUCUUUUCUGCUACGGCUCCGCCACCUCCACUGGGUCUGCAGCAAAUUACCAUGGCCGUCUGUUCCCUUCGAUUUCCGGUGUUGCCGUGGCUCCGUAGCCCAUCGUCGAGCUUCCGAGCUUCCAACCCCACCACACCUCUAACAUUAUUGCGCUGUUCUACCUCCGCCUCUUCUCAUUCUCCUCUUCCUGCUCCUGCUCCUGCUCCUGCUCCUGCUCCUUCUCCUUUUUCUCCAUCGUCUACACAAGUCCCAAACCAGUCACUUCAUUCCGCCGGCAGGAAAUGGGAGCCUUUCCGGAAGAAGAAAGUGGUAAUGCGCGUCGGAUAUGUCGGUACUGAUUACAGGGGUCUGCAAAUGCAACGGGAUGGAGGCUCAUUGCCCACUGUUGAAGGAGAAUUGGAGGCUGCCAUCUUUAAGGCGGGUGGAAUCCGAGAUAGUAAUUUUGGAGAUUUGGACAAAAUCAGAUGGGCCAGAAGUAGCCGGACUGAUAAAGGAGUUCACUCCUUGGCAACAAUGAUAUCCUUAAAAAUGGAAAUUCCUGAAGUUGCUUGGAAGGAUGACCUGAAUGGAAUUGCUCUUGCAAAUUGUAUUAAUUCUCAUCUACCUAAAAAUAUUAAAGUUUUCAGCAUUUUACCUUCAAAAAGGAGCUUUGAUCCUAGAAGGGAGUGUAACCUUCGGAAGUACUCUUAUCUUCUUCCAGCCGAAAUAAUUGGAAUAAGAAAAAGCUUCAGCAGAGCUGAAAUUGAAUAUCAUAUCUCAGACUUCAACAAUAUAUUGAAUGCUUUUGAGGGAGAGUAUCCUUUCCAUAACUAUACCAUAAGGUCCAAGUACAGGAAAAAAUUCUCCACAAAACAAUCUUUUGGAGAGGGCCAUGUAUGGAUCAGAGCCAGAUCAUCCACCAGGUCAUCAAUUUCUGAGUUUGAGGAAAGUGGAGAAGAAAGUUUGGGAACUGAUGGAGUGAUAAAAGAUGAUAAUGAUGACGAUGAUAAUCAAAAUUCUGAGUCCAGCUUUUAUGAUGAUAAUCUAGUUGAAACUUGUGACAAGAACAGGAAUGAUUCAAAUGAACAAAGGUCUGCUUUAGUUGUUCGUGCAAGAUGGCUACAUGAACCUGAUGAGGCAGACAGAAUUUGUGCAUCCCACUUUAGAAAAAUUUCUUGCUGUUGUUGUGGAAAGCUGGAGAAUUGGCAUGGAUUAAAUUUUAUUGAGCUCUCCAUAUGUGGAGAAUCUUUCAUGUUGCAUCAAAUCCGCAAAAUGGUCGGGACUGCUGUGGCAGUUAAACGCAAACUGCUCCCAAGAGAUAUCCUGAUGCUGUCGCUAGCCAAAUUUUCACGGAUUGUCCUACCUCUUGCCCCACCCGAAGUUCUUAUUUUGAGGGGAAACAAUUUUUCAUUGAGAUAUCAGCCUGGCAAUGUCACAAGACCUGAAAUGCAGACAUUAGUAGAAUCAGAAGAGAUCCUCAAGUCUGUUGAUGACUUUUACACAUGCACUGUCUUGCCACAAGUCUCAAAAUUUUUGGACCCUUCAGAACCUCCAUGGAAGGAAUGGGUUGAGAAAUUGGAUAUGCACACUAGUAUUCCUGAUGCGGAGUUGGAGGAAGUCAGGAAAGCUUGGAAAUUGUGGAAGGGCAAGCUAGAAAGCCUAGCCAGCAUUCCUUUAGUCACAAAUUAAUGUGUGAAAAAGCAGAUGGAAUUCAGUGAUUUAGGUGCAUGUUUGGGAUGACUUGUCAAAAUAACUUAUGUGACUUUUAACUCAAAUAAUAACAUUUUUUUUUUGAAAAUAUUUUAGCUUAGUUUGAAGUUGCAUGAGUAGUUUUUGUAAGUCAUCUUGAAUGCUCUAUGAUUGGAGCAGUUGGGUCUGGUGCAAGGAGGGUUUGCAGAAUUGCAAGGGAAGAAAUGAGCAGCUGGGUCUGGUUCAGCAAGUAGCAGGAGCAAGUAGCACACAUGGUUUAAUCUUUGGCCCAUUUGUAAAGAGCUAGAACUUUUCCUUCUUAAGUUAUAAUUCAAUUACCAACAAAUUUUAGCUCAAAGCAUGUUGUACCUUUCCAUUUAUGUACUAUUUGCAUGCACUUGUAGUCCUUGUUUACAACUUAAUAUUCAAUUUUUGAACCAGGAUUUUUUGUAGCUUCAAAACUCUGCAAAUAGAACCUCUCUCUCUCUCUCUC